AUGAGUGAUUGGCUGCAGAAACCUUCGCCCACUAAAGCCGGUAGAGUCAUCCGAACAUUCGGGCAAGAUCUCGAAUCUGUCUUCUUUGCUGUAAUAACGUUCCUUUCUGGUGGUGUCCUUCUGUUCAUCACAUGCUUCGUAAUAACCAAAUGUAUGCAGUGUUACAAGGCUCGAUUACGGAGGAAAAGAAGACGAGCCAUGGGAGAAGAUGAUGAUGAAGAAGACGAAUUAACUGCUGCUGUUCUUUCUGGCGCCUUCGAAGUUGGAGACGAUGAUGAGGAAGAAAGAGGAAGCGAAGAGGGACGUCUUGUUGAUUUGUAA